GCACAUUGACAUCCAAUCAGGAGCCGGCUUCUGCAAACUUCACGCGCCGUCCCAGCCAAUGGGUGCGGCGCCGGGUCCUGAAAACGUCACCUUCACUCUCAGCCAAUGGGUGCGGCGUUCAGACUGGAGUGGGCGGGGCGAAACCGGCAGAGGCUUUAAAAGGCGGCGCGGAGCGGCCCUCGCGGCCAGUCGAGGCAGCUGUGCGGAAGGGACAGGGCUCUGCUGCCAUGGCAACCGCAUCCAUGCUGUGCCUUCUCCGCCGCCUCCCGGCGCAGGCGUCUCCCUCCGCGGCCUGGGCCUCCUGCGCGCACUGCUGCCGCCGACAGAAGCGCCUUCUCCCGCCUCCGCCCGGCGCCCGUCGCGUCCACCUCAGCGCCCACAGGGACGAGGCGGUGGUCAUCUCCGGGCGGAAGCUGGCGCGGCAGAUCCGGCAAGAGGCGCGCCACGAAGUGGAGCAAUGGGUGGCGGCCGGGAACAGGCGGCCGCACCUGAGCGUGGUCCUGGUGGGCGAGAACCCCGCCAGCCACUCCUACGUCCUCAACAAGACCAAGGCGGCGGCCGACGUGGGGAUCAGCAGCGAGACCAUCCUGAAGCCGUCCUCCAUCACGGAAGAGGAGCUCCUGGACCUCAUCACCAGGCUCAAUGGCGACGCCAAGGUGGACGGCCUCCUGGUGCAGCUGCCCUUGCCUGAACAUAUUGACGAGCGAAAGGUCUGCAACGCCGUGAACCCCGAGAAGGACGUGGACGGCUUCCACGUGGUGAACGUGGGCCGGAUGUGCCUGGACCAGUACUCCAUGCUGCCGGCCACGCCGUGGGGCGUGUGGGAGAUCAUCAAGCGGACAGGGAUCCCGACCCUGGGCAAGAACGUGGUGGUCGCCGGGCGGUCCAAGAACGUGGGCAUGCCCAUCGCCAUGCUCCUCCACACGGAUGGACGGCACGAACGCCCCGGAGGUGACGCCACCGUGACCAUCUCCCACCGGUACACUCCCAAAGAGCAGCUCAAGAAGCACACGAUCCUGGCGGACAUCGUGGUGGCCGCUGCAGGCAUUCCCAACCUCAUUACGGCAGACAUGAUCAAAGAAGGGGCGGCCGUCAUCGACGUGGGCAUCAACCGGGUGCAGGACCCAGUAACGGCCAAACCCCGGCUGGUGGGAGAUGUGGAUUUUGAAGGUGUCAAGCAGAAGGCCAGCUUCAUCACCCCGGUUCCGGGCGGCGUGGGCCCCAUGACAGUGGCCAUGCUGAUGAAGAACACCAUCAUCGCCGCCAAGAAGAUGCUGCGCGCCCCGGAAGUGGCCGCCCUCAGCGCGUGAGCCUCCCCCACGCCUCCACAGCAUUCCAUGGGGCGGUGGGAGGAGAGAGCCCUCUAGUCCAGGGAGUUUACGGAAAAGGGCUGCCAGUGCUCUUAGGUACAACUCCCAUCACUUAAGAUAGGCAUAGGCCAACUUGGGCCCUCCCUCCAGGUGUUUUGGACUCCAACUCCCACACUUCCUAACAGCCAUGCUUACAGGCUAAGAAAGCAUUCUCUGCCCUUGAGUUCCCACAUUUCCCAGCUAUUUUCAGAGAACACCUGGGACAAUGAACACUUAACCUUGUAUCUUAAUCUAAGGAAGACUCCUCUGACUAGCUGCCAGAGCCACCUGGACUUUGUUGAUGUUCAAAAUCCUGUGAAAGGUCACCCUGGAGGGAGGGCCGAAGUUGGCCUAUGCCUUCUCUAAGAGUAUCUCGCUGUCUCUGUCUCAAGGGCCAAAAAAUACGUUUGUUUCCUACCAAUUCUAGGAGGCGUUCUCUGCCUUCGGAUCUUUUCUGAACCUCCUGUUUUCUACAAAGUGUAUUUAUAUAGCAUUUGUUUCUUUUUUCCACUCGUGUUACCUUCUAGCAAUGCAAUUUCUAGCCUUUUCCAGCACUCCGUCGCUCUGCGUUCUUAAAGGGACGGAGCGGCCCUGAAUGUUACAAAUCUGGCGGGCGUUUGCCUCUGAGCUUGUUUGUUUAUAUAGGCAAUUAGUGGAUGUUGCCAUUUGUGCCUGAAUAAAAAAGCAGCCUUGCA